AUGAAACCAAUCCUUCUAUUCACGCUCCUAGCUAUUCUCUUCGUUGCUUCUUCCGUAUUGGCACAAGAUGAUCUCACAUCAAAGAACUUUGACGAAAAAGUGGCCUCGAAAGAAUUUGCCUUGAUUGAAUUCUUUGCUCCAUGGUGUGGCCAUUGCAAGAAAUUAGCUCCUGAAUAUGCUACUUUGGCAGAAAAGUUUGCCAACAACGAAAAAGUCUCGAUCUUCAAAGUUAAUGGUGAUGAUGAAUCUGAUUUAAUGACUAAAUAUCAAAUUCAAGGAUUCCCAACACUCAAGCUUUUCAAGAAUGGUAAAUUCUUCAGAGAUUAUGAUGGUGAUCGUACUGCUGAAGCCAUCGCUCAAUGGUUGAACAAGAAGACUGGUCCAGUUGCUGUUCCAAUCGAUAGUGAAUCUGCCUUGCAAGAAUUGAAGUCAUCUUCAAAGGUUCUUGUUGUUGGUUUUGUUUCAUCAAAAGACUCUGACAAUUACAAGAAUCUCCUCGAGGCUGCUGAUAACAGUGAUUUGGAAGACUUUAUUGUUGCUGUUGUUGUUGGUAAUGCUGAUUUGAACGCCAAGAACCAAAUCACCCAAGACUCUGUUGUCGUGUUCAGAGAUUUUGACUCAACACCAGCUGUCUCCGCUAACUUUGAUGUUCAAGCUAUUGUUGACUUUGUCAAGGAAAAUGGUUAUCCAUUGGUUGAUGAAGUUUCUGGUGCCACAUUCCAAAGACUUGUUGAAAAGGAAUUGCCAAUUGGUGUUCUCUUUAUUGAUUUUGCUGACGAGAGUGCCAAGAAGAAGUACAUUGAAGAGUUGACUGAAAUUGCUCAACAAUUCAAGGGUAAAGUCGUCUUGGGUUAUUCCGAUGCUUCAAUCUAUGGUGAACAAUUGUCAAUUAUGGGUGGUAACAAGAAUAUUAUUCCAGGUUUUGCCAUUAUGGAUGUUGUUAACAGAGCUAACUAUCCACUCAAGGCCGAAUCCAUCACAAAGGAGGAUAUUGCUAACUUUGUUGGUGAAGUUUUGGCUGGAAAGGUACCAAAGUUUGUCAGAUCUCAAGAAAUUCCAGCUGAAAACAAUGAACCAGUCAAGAUUGUGGUCGGAAAGUCGUUUGAUGACAUUGUUAUUAACAAUGACAAUGAUGUCUUGUUGGAAUUCUAUGCUCCAUGGUGUGGUCACUGUAAAUCAUUGGAACCAGUGUACAACCAAUUGGCUGAAGAAUUGAAGGAUGUUAAAGGAUUGACCAUUGCCAAGAUUGAUGCCACUGAAAAUGACACACCAAUUAACAUUGAAGGUUUCCCAACUAUUUAUUUCUUCCCUAAGGGUGGUAAGCAAUCUCCAGUUCCAUAUGAAGGAGAUAGAACUAAGGACGAUUUGAAGAACUUCUUAAAGACAAACGCUGUUGGUGCUGUUUUCUCUGAGAAGAAAGACGAAUUGUAA